AUGUGGAAAGCAGUCAUUCCCUUGGCUCUUGCCUUCGUAGGCCAGGUCGUUGGUCAGACGGUCUACAUAGCUGGAGAUUCUACCACAGCUCCUGGAGGUGGUGGUAAAGGCACAGAAGGUUGGGGCCAAUACCUACACUACUCCCUCAAAAUACCUGUCGUCAACAACGCCUUCGCUGGACGUUCUGCCCGCAGUUAUUCACGUGAAGGUCGAUUUGACGAAAUCGGCAAGCUGUUGAAGAAAGGAGACUUUGUCAUUAUCGAAUUCGGACACAAUGACGGCGCUAGCAAACCAGACAACGGACGUUCCGAUUGUCCAGGCAGCGGAACUGAGACCUGUCGAUACACAUACAACAUGUUCUCGCAAACANGUGGUGCAACAGAAACCGUCCACACAUUUCCUUAUUACCUUGAACAAGCAGCAACCUCAUACACCGCAAAAGGCGCCCACGUACUCAUCUCCUCCCAGACCCCCAACAACCCCGACGAGAGCGGUGUCUUUGUAUCCAGCACUCCUCGCUUCGUCGACCUCGCCAAAACAGCAGCUACAAAUGCCAAAGUGGAUUUUGUGGACCAUAAUGCUUAUACAUUGGCUGCGUACAAGGCUUUGCCUGUGAGAACUGUGGAUGCCUAUUUUCCGAAUGAUCAUACGCAUACGGCGCCUCAAGGAGCAGAUUUGGUUGCAAAGGCUUUUGUCAGAGGCUUGGUUUGUGGUGGAUCUUUGUUGGGUAACUAUGUCAAGAAUGCAACCAAGGAGAUUGAAGGGGCUUGCUUGAAGUAG